UGUUCCAGGGGACCCCGUCUUGCCGUUUAGUCUGCCAGAAAAGCAGCGUGUUUACUCCGAAUUCAACUAGUGAGAUUGGCCUAUCGCAGGCCUGUCAAUAUGCCUCCUGCGUUUUGACUGACCUCACACCCAACGAAACUAGAUCUGGCGAACCAUGCUGCCCAGGCCCUUGUGAUCAGUUCAAGUACGAUUGUGAAUGAUCUCGAUCGCACUCCAGACGCCACAAUGACAAGGAGACCGCAGUAACCUACCACUCCUUCUCCCAUGAUGCCUCUACUAGGCUUCUCCGAAAUCCAGAAGCCACUACAACUCCCCGGACGAGAUUCCCUCGAGCUCGCCUCCCUAGCCGACUCUGACCACGAUGAAGGCCCCGUUUCCGAGACCUCAUCCCGUUCCGGUAUAGGAUCUUCUCGAAGGAUCUCACUAGAGAAUGAGGACCCUUUACACGAUGCCAACCCAGUGACACGCGACGGUCUACGUGUUGGAAGGUCAUACUCGAUAUCCUCUGCCUUCGACUUCACACCUGCUCUAUUCCCACUCUCAUCGACCGCUGGAGGAGGAUACACGGCGCUAGGAAACCCAUCGGCUGUUUCGCUUGACCGACAGCGAGGCUCGCUACAGAACCUCGAGAAGAAUAAGACGUUGACAUAUCUUAACGGAUUAUCCUUGGUGGUGGGCUUGAUCAUUGGUUCAGGAAUAUUCUCUUCACCAGCACAGGUCAAUUCGCAUGUUGGAUCGCCCGGCGCAUCUCUCAUCGUAUGGACCAUAUCCGGUCUACUCGCAUGGACAGGCGCAUCCUCGUACGCUGAAUUAGGAGGUGCCAUCCCCUUGAACGGCGGAGCUCAAGUCUACCUGGCCAAAAUCUUCGGAGAAGUAGUUGGUUUCCUCUUCACCUGGUCGGCUAUACUCGUUCUGAAACCGGGCGGCUCCGCAAUCAUCUCCAUCAUCUUCGGCGAGUACGUGGUACGCGCAGCAAUAGGCGCGGACGUAGAAGAUGUCAACCCCUGGAUCAACAAGGUCCCAGCCCUGGUCGCGCUCAUGCUCGUCACGCUGUUCAAUUGCCUCUCCACGCGCUUCGCAGCCCGUCUAGGCGACCUCUUCAUGUUUCUCAAGUUCAUCGCUCUAGCGGCCGUCACCGUCAUCGGCAUCGUCGUCGCCACAACCGGCUUUUCCUUCAACGGACCCGCGAACCAAGACUGGAAAACCCAUCACUGGUUCGAAAACACCUCAACCGACGUUUCAAGCUGGGCCGUCGCGCUGUACGCCGGUCUCUGGGCAUUCGACGGCUGGGAUAACACAAAUUACGUGACUGGCGAAUUCAAGAAUCCUACUCGGGACCUCCCGCGUGUCCUGCACACAGCCAUGCCCGCAGUGAUAACAUGCUACCUCCUCGCCAACGUCGCGUACAUCUUCGUUCUCCCCCAAGCCACCAUCGACAAAUCCAAUACUGUCGCCGUCCAAUUCGGAAGCAAAGUCUUCGGUCCCAUAGGCGGACUAGUCCUCGCGUUGAUCGUCAGCGCAUCUUGUUUCGGCGCCCUCAAUGCGACGACCUUCACAUCAGGCCGUCUAGUCUACGCCGCCGGGCGCGAAGGCUACAUCCCCGCGGUCUUCAGCAAGAUCGGCCUCGGCUUCUCAUCUGGCAUGCCCGAGACACCCGUUCCACUGAAUAAAUUGCGUCGUCGCUCCUGGCUGUCCAAGGCUUUGACUCGGCUGUUCGGCGACAAGGCCGUUGGUCUGGGCCACACCCCCGUCAAUGCCAUGCUGCUCAACAUGGUGAUAUGCAUGGUCUAUAUUUGCCUAGGCGAGUUCAACACCCUGAUCACGUUCUAUGGCGUGGCAGGGUAUACCUUCUACUUCCUGACGGUGUUGGGUUUGAUUGUACUGCGCAUCCGCGAGCCUCAUCUCGAAAGACCAUACCGUACUUGGAUCACGACGCCCAUCAUCUUCUGCUGCGUGAGUUUGUUCCUGGUCAGUCGGGCCGUGGUGGCGCAACCAUUGCAGACGGUCAUUGUUGUGGCGUUCGUCGCGAGCGGUAUCCCCGUGUACUAUUGGCGUGUUGCGGGACGAGACGACUCGGGCAUCUCGGGGAAGAGAGAGCGACGGUUCUGGAGACGGUGGGGACGGUCUUAAAACAUUGUAACCUGACGGGAAUUGGGACAAAUGUUUAGAUUUGUCAUGUAUAUGGAAUCAUUACACCAUCCGGCACUAUUGGACUACUAUUAGCCUCACGGCAGUAGGGAGGCACCGAGCGUUUCAUUCGACGUAUAUGAGCCCGUACAUUGCGGUGUGAAUAAGCAUGUGUCCACCACUCCACAUACAUCUUAUAAGUUCCUGUGACCAGGCCAAGUGCCAGGCGUCGAUCACGGCGUGUAUCAAGGGGCGAUACUUCGAACAUCUGACCGCGGCGCUUUAGGAAGCGUAGUCUUGCU